AUGGCAAUGAUACUUAGGCUUGGUGGUGGAGGUGGCGGCGGUGGUGGUGGAGUUGGUGAUGGUGAUGGAAGGUCCAUCAUAGAAACAUGUGGAGAGGAAAACUUGCAAAAAGUUAUCAUUUAUUUUACACGUGAAAGAAGUUGGGAUAAGGGACGUAAUAGCCGACGUCCAAAUGUAUCCCUGAUGGAUUCGUUCCAUGCGGAUGUUGGAGUCGGCAGAUUCAGCCACUGGCGCAACUUGGAGGGAUUGCAGCGUGUACAACAAUGUCACAACACAGGCUUCCAUUUUUCAUUUGAGGAAUUAGAGGUAACAAAGCCCCGUGAGAUAGUCCUACACUCUUGGAGACCUCGACCGACGUGGACAAUGAAGAGUCAUCUCUUAGGUCUCCCUCUCAAAUACAGGCACAUGCAUGCUCACCCUAGCUCACACGGUUUCCUUGACGCGGUUGAGAAAGCAGAAUGGCCUUCGUGUCCACCAGCAACCACAUCACAUUUUGAAAAGGAUGCAUUGAAUCAUGAGUAUCACGAAAAUGGUGAAAAAGAGGCAGAUGCCCAGUUUUUGUUGAUUACUUCUUGUUUUGUGAUAAGGAUACGAUCCAUCUCCUGUUGCAUGUAA